AUGAAGAAAGGAGGCAGUGUGAACGCUACAAACUGGAGACAAAUCGGGAGCAACGUAAAAGACGUGUUCCGAUCGCCUACGUUCCUAGUUCCGGUUAUUAUAUCAGUAAUUUUGUUAGUUCUGUUCUUUUUACGGAGAUACAUUAGGUGGACGGUUAAAUGUUCCAGUAAAAAUGACAUGGAAGGGAAAACGGUUAUAAUUACAGGUGGAAAUACUGGGUUGGGAAAGGCCACAGCCUACGAGCUUGCCAAGAGAAAUGCUAGAGUCAUUAUUGCUUGUAGGAAUGACAUCAAAGGUGAAGCAGUCGCGAGGUCCAUCAAAAUCAAAACCGGAAACCCGUUUGUCUACUGUUCACAUUUAGAUCUCGGGAAUCAACGCUCUAUCCGAGAAUUCGUCCAAGAUUUUCUUUCAAAGGAGUCAGCUUUACAUGUACUGAUUAACAAUGCAGCCUAUUUGGGACCAAAAGCAACAACAGAUGAUGGAUACGAACGGACAUUUGGGGUAAAUUAUCUUGGACAUUUCUACCUUACUUACUUACUUCAAGACAGACUAAAGAAAUGUGGCCCAAGUCGGAUAAUCAACAUAGCCUCAGAUGCUAUUAAGAAGGGCAAACUUGAUUUCGAUGACCUGCCGUUACGCAGUUACGAUAUCUACGGAGCUUAUGCAAGGAGUAAAGCGUCACUCGGAAUGUUCACAAUGGAGGCUCACAGACGAUGGUUUGACGAUACAGUUACGUCUUAUGCAGUACAUCCAGGUGCUGUUUGUACAGAUCUUUUAAGGAGCUGGCCAGGAAUUUUUGGACAAGUCCUUCGUGUGGCAUCCAGGAUAUUGUUCAAAUCUCCUGACGAUGGCUGUCAGACAAUUGUUUAUUGUGCUGUCUCUAAUGGCUUGAAGAAAUUUUCAGGCAGACUGUUUUCUGAAUGCAACGUCGGUUCAUUUCCGGAGAGUUUGCGUGACAAGGAGCAAUGCCGUAAAUUAUGGGAUCUCAGUUUAGAACUGUGUGGUCUGGAGAAAGAGCAAGAUUCGGAAGACCAGGAACCAGAACUAAACACCAACCACGUGACAAAUCAAACAACACAUACAAAAAGUCAGUGAAAUUGUGGGGGGGG